UCUCCAAGUUGCCACAAACGGCAGAAACGUGUACGGCGAAGUGCGGUCGACUCGUCGAUUCGCAGCUGUCCUGCCGCGAUUGUCAUUUUUGAGUUUUUUCGAAACGCGUGUGUAAAUAAACAACUUAUUACUUUUCAUUGCAAUUUAUGAUGAAGUGAUACAAAAGUUUGUUUAAUUAUCGUGUCUAAUUAACAGUGGAGAGUUUGAAUAAAACCGUAACCGCUUCUCGCAAUGACAAGGGAGAGCACUCUGUUACCUUUUGAGAAACCAGAGGCAUUAAAAUGUUUCAUGUGGUCUAAUUGAUGCCUGUUUUUACAUAAGUGUAUACGUUGAUUGUAAGGACUAUUGUGAAUCGUUUAGUGACACUUGGUAGUUUAUCAGUUUAUCAUCGCGGAUUCGACUCGGUCGUCAGUCGUCUACACGUUAAAAAUGAGUGUUUUAAGUGGUUUGAGUAAGGCUGACUUCAAGACAGGGAGUGAUGGCUUGCUGGAACUGCCAGAGGAGAAAAUUCGCAGCAUCAUGCGCUCAGAGCCGAUCACAGACGUCUACCACGUCGAACAAACGCCGUUUGCAAGGGGCAAAUUCGCGUCAGUCCGCAAGAUCCGUCACCUGGUCUCCGGAGAAGAGUACGCCGCGAAGUUUAUCCGCAAGAGGCGGCGUGCUGCAGACACCACCAGGGAGAUACAGCACGAGGUGGCCGUGCUAGCGCUGUGCCACGACUGCACCAGAGUUGUUCGUCUACAUGAGGUAUACGAGACCCGUUCAGAAGUUGCCAUUGUGCUGGAACUGUGCGCCGGUGGGGAGCUCCAGCGGCUUUUGGACGACGACGAGCGUCUACCCGAGGGUGCCGCCCGUCGCGCCCUACGCCACGUCCUGGAAGGCCUGGCGCACCUACACGCGCGCAGGGUAGCACACUUGGACCUGAAGCCGCAGAACCUGCUCCUCAGUGCGGGGGGAGAAGAACUGUUGAUAUGCGACUUCGGUAUAUCCAGAGCGAUACAGCCGGGCGCGCAUGUCAGGGAGAUACUCGGCACCAGGGAUUAUGUUGCGCCCGAGAUCCUGUCGUACGAGCCGCUCACCCUCGCGGCGGACAUCUGGUCCGUGGGCGUGCUGGCGUACGUGCUCCUCAGCGGGUACUCCCCGUUCGCGGGCGACACCAAGCAGGAGACCUACCUGAACAUCGCGCAGUGCCAGCUCAGCUUCCCCCGGGACAUAUUCCGGGGGGUAUCGCAGAGGGCGAUCCAGUUCAUCAGGGAUACGCUUGUCGUUGAUCCUAAGGGUCGUCUCACAGUGGAAGAGUGCCUGGAGCACCCAUGGUUGAAAGACGAGUCGGACAUACCGCAAGCCAUCGUGGGUCUCGGGUUCGAUGCCCAGGACCUCGCUAGCGACGACGAGGGUGACUCCGAUGAGGGGGACUGCCUCAACGGGGUGAAUGGGCACAACGGGAUCAAUGGAGUCAACGGCGUUACCAACGGGGUGAACGGACACAAGGACGUGAACGGAUGCAACGGAACGAACGGAACACAUGACGAUGAUAAAGAGAGCACAGAAUCCCGCGAGGAGUGUUCGGAGCGCGACAAGCCUCUAAAGCAUGCGCACGCGCGCGAUCUCUCGCCGCCCUUCCCUGACGCUCCUUCUACGCCCAAGGUGUCCCGCAAAUCCGCGCCGGCGCCGCCGUCAGUGCUGGCCCUGUGCAAGAAGUUCCAGCCGGACUACGAGAAGCCCGCCGUGCACAGCCCGCGCCCCGACCGCGCGGUUCUGUGCUAGCACGCGCCGCGCACCUUGUACAUACUUAGUUAAGGCGGUUUGUGCGCGGAAUGACGAACGGAAAGUUGCCGUUACCGAGUGAUAUACGGUCAUCGUAUGUUGUUUGAUAAUAUUGAUGAUUUGAGAUGAAUUUCAAGAAAUAACUUUUAUAUCAUAUGAGAGUAGUUUAUUUUUGUACAUUUCAUCGCGUAUAAUGAAGUCACUGUAAGUGUUAAGGGUUAUAAGAAAUAUUAAACGAUUAUCAAUAAAUAUUGCGCCAUUUUGUUAACGGAUUAAUUUGACAUUCCGCGCAUAAACGUUAAGUUACGUAGUGCGACUUGUAUAUUUUUAGCUCGGUAGGGACCCGAUUACGCGAACCCCCGUUCUACUUAAUGGUACCCAAGGUAUCGGUUCGCCGCAAUCGCGCCCCUACGCCGACGGUACAAAAGGCAUAAUGCGCGCGCGCCGCCGCUGUACAUACCGCGCCCCGCGGCGUUGCUCGCGACACUACUUAGUUAAUAAAUUGUUAAUGUGUCGAUCACACCGUAUAACAUUAUAUUGUAGAAUCUAAGUGUUUAGAUGAUUUUAACAGAGUAAUGUAUGUUAUGUAGGUUGAAUUGAAACAUUGAGCGGUACCGGCGUUUCGCCCGACUCGGGACCAAAAUUCGUAUUUGUAUAGUCGCAGAUUCCGUGUAUAUUAUUGUCAUGUUGUUGAAAUUUUAUCACUAGGAGUGGUUUAGUGUAUUGUUGGUAGAUAGACGAUUUGUUGCCGGAAUUGCCGGACUGUGAGCUCAAACUUGCGACUUAAUUAUAAAUUUUAAUGAAUUCAACAAGUGCCUUGGCGCAAUUGUCUUAUACAAACGUUCUCCAUAUUGAAGAUGCCUCUAUUUACCGAAUAGUGUUCACUCACGACAAGAUUAAUUUUAACAUAUUGUCAACUUAACUUGAACAUUGUGAGAGCUGUUGUGAUCUUAUAACCCAUUUGUAAAAAUAAAUUAUUGUGAUACAAA